AUGGCUUCUAAUCAUAUAUUUACAUUUCAAGACCUCGAUGCCACUUCGGGUAGAGUUAUCAAUACCUAUAUCCUAACCCCAACGAAUACAGGCGAUGGAAGCAACAAGGAUAAGACGUUGCGACUUGACGAAAUUCCACCCGAAGCGAAGAUAUUGUCCAGCAGGGUAGGUGAAGAUCAAAGUACGCAGAAACCAAAGGGUGGCAUCCUACCUGUCUUGGAUGUCAGUAUCUACGUGGAUUUUAUACUCGCCUAUCUCAAAACACUUUUCUUGCCCACUGGCUACCCAUUCACCGUAACAGAGGACUACAGGCCGUACCAGAUCUACGACUCGAUUCAAGCCUUCGCAUCUAGUAUCGCAGGUCUUCUUUCUUCUCGAGCCGUGUUGCAGUCACUCAAUGUCGUAUCCCCAUCCACAACGAGUCUUAACAGUGACAAAGACCAUGGCGGAUUGCCAGCUAAUUCAACUUCGACCGCCACGGCUGCAACUCUUCUCUCUAUUCUACAAUCGACACUGUCGAACAUUACUACCAUUGUCUUCGCCUCUCGUGCCGCACCACGUAUCAGUCGUGACGUCAAGUUCUACCGCUUCCUGGCCGACGUCGUCAAUGAUGCCGCUUUCUUGCUCGAUUUGUUAGCACCAAUGCUGCCCACGUCUUCGAAACUCCCUUUCGUUCCAACACUGUCCAUCUUGUCGUCACUACCAAUUUCGCACCGCACGCUUGCCUUGUGCGCCUCGAGUAUGCUCCGUGCGAUCUGUGGUGUCGCUGGCGGAAGCUCGAAAGCUGUGCUCAGCAGCCACUUUGCGAGGAACAACCCUGAAGCUGUUGGGGACCUCAAUGCUAAGGACGGCAGCCAAGAGACGGUGGUCAACUUAAUGGGCAUGUGGGUAGGUGGCCUGGUGGUCAGUCGGGUCGAAAGUGUGUUUGCGACGUGGUGCUGGAUGCUAUUUCUGCUGGGCGUACAUCUGUGGGCGAAUUAUACGGCAGUCAAGAGUGUGAGGCUAAGGAGUCUGAACAAGCAGAGAGCAAUCGUGGUCGUGCGCAGCAUCGUGGCAGGAGAGCUGUGGAGGCCGAGCAACCUAGAGAUUUGGCAAAGUGACUCGAGGUGGAAGGCGUUGAGUGUAGACAACUUGGGAAGUAGAGAGAGCAUUCUUGGCAUUAGGCAAUUUCUGAAGAACCUACUACGUGCACUCAUGACAUUCCGACCUCGUCAAAUCGAGAACAUGAGUUGCCAGAUUGGUGUUAGUAUCCAAGAGCUCUUUACCUCCCUUCAUGGUACCACGAGACAUGGCAGUGGCAGCUUCCGAGCUGAGGACGUCAGACAAUUACUGAGCAUAUUUGAGCGGGAAUCAUACAUCCUCUGGCUGGACGAUAAGAGCAACAAAACGGUGGUUGUACUCAAGCAGAAUUCUAGUCCUCGAGACCAAUUUAAGGCGUUCCUGCACGCGUACAAAGUGCAGAACACAUACCAUCAGGAGACAGCAUCUCGGGCUGAUGAUCGCCGCUUCACGGUCAUAGCCAACGCACUGGCAGAGGUCAACGACAACUGGGAUGGGCUUUACUCGGUCUUGGAGCGGUUGGGCUGGAACUUGUCCUCUACGGAUUUGGACGAUGGGAAAGGGAUUAGAGUGAACGUGUGA